CAGCAAGAUAGUAGUCGGCCCGAUGGCUUCCAUAGCUGGAGCACAAGUGAGAGGUGCUCAGCCAGAGAAGUCUGUAACAUUACAGUUUAGAGGGAAAACAUUUACUUUGUCUUACAGUCAAUUUUGUCGGCUUAUUGGUGACCAGUCUCUGAAGCAUCAAGGGUAUCUUAGAAGGAAAAAGGCAACUAAAGGAACACCUCGACAAAAUAUAUUUUGUGAACCAGCGUCGUUGUUCCAGGACCCCCUUGUAUGGCAGAGACUUGUUGGAAAUUUGCUCUUGGAUCAGUGAAAGAAAAAUCUCUCAGCAUUGUUCUGCCAGGAUUAACAAGUGGCGUUGGGCUGGCUUUGCAAAUUGCCUUCCAUAUUCAUGUACUUCAGAGGUUCUAAAGGAUCCAUUGCAAGAACUCAUUCUGGCAUUGAGGCAGCAACAGAUCGCCCUGAAGGAUCUUGUUAGUAGAGAUCUGUGCGUAUUGCCAGCUGUAGCUGUUGCUCCUCCAUAUUUGUAUGUAGCAAAUCCUCCUUAUACAUAUACCCAUGAACUGGAAGUCUUGGAGUUUAAUCUGAAGGAACAGAUACGUCCCUACUCCCAUGCAGUGCAGCAAAUAGUCAGGCCUCGUUUCCUACAGUUUCCAGAUCUCCGACUGGUGCAGCAUGACUCAGGUAUUACAAGAACCACCACCAGUUAUAACUGUGCAAAUGUGCUUUCUCUAAUUGUUGAAUGCUCCCUGCAGAACCUUCAAGUCCUUGUUUCAUAAGCAGGCAAGAUGGAGGCUCUGGCUGUCUUGCUUCAGAAGCUGAAAGCAAGAGGGCAUCGUGUGUUGAUUUUGACGCAGAUGAUUCCAAUGCUUGAUAUUCUGGAGCUUUUCCUGAACUUCCAUCUUCUCACGUACACGAGAGUUAAUGAGAGUGGUGCUCGCAGUUGGCACUAUCUGGAAUCCAUAAAAAACUUCAACCAAGACAAGCGAUUCUUCUGUGCCAUUCUUUCAUCCCACACUCCUUCCACAGGUGUCAGCCAUGUGGAUGUGGAUACUGUUGUCUUCUAUGACACUGAUUUAGAUCCGGUGAUGGAUACAAAGGCUAAAGAAUGGUGUGAUAAAGUUGCAAGAGGCAGAGAUAUUCACAUAUACAGGCUUAUAAGUGGUAAUUCUGUUGAAGAAAGGCUGUUGGAAAAAGGUAUUAAACAUUUGGUUCAAGAAGUGGCUGCUCAAGGAAAUGAUUGUUCAACAGACUUUUUAACUCAGGUUCUUUGCUCUGAAUGUGGAAUAGAGGAUUCCAGAAAGUUUAAAGAAGAGAUACGAUCUGAGAUAAGAAAUGACACAGAUUCAGAGAUGUAUGAUUCAGGAAAUACCAUGGUUCCUUCACAGUUGGAAGAGCUGGCUGGCUUCGUGGAUCAGCUUAAGCCAAUUGAAAAGUAUGCAUUGAAUUUCUUGGAAUUGUUUCAUACUUUGAAUGAUCAAGACAGCCAGAAAGUCAACAAGGAUUUAAAAACUGCAAAUGCAAAAUGGGAAUAUCAGCAUGCCAAGGAGCUGAAAAAGGCAGAAGAAAGAUUUCAGCAGGAAGUGAAAGAGGAACUCUUAACGUAUACCAGAGAAGAUGCUUAUAACAUGGAAUUUGUAUGUGAAGGCCCAGAUGGAGAAAUAGAAACAAUGCCUCUUUGGACUCCCCCUGUUGCACCUGAGAAUCAUGAUGAUGUCUACACUGAUUCUGUUACGUGUCUGAUGUACAGUAGUACCCCCAUUCCAGAGUCUGCGCUUCCACCGCUGUCUGUCAGGAGGGCACUUAAGCGGCAGAGAACGGAUCUGUCCUCUUCAAGUGAGAGAAAGAAGCAUUGCCAUAGAAGGAUGGUUGUUCCUCCACCUUCACUUUUUGAGCCUCCAAGAAUAUUGAAAACACAAGAGAAGAGCAAAGCCCACCAGACCCUCCUCUGGCUAAAACAAAAAACAUAUUUUGCAAGACCUUUGUCAGCUCUUACCAAGUCAGCUGCUGACGCUGGGCAGGAUGGUCCUGCAUGGCUAAUUGCUGAAGACUUGGCACUGGUAGAAGCGGUGAAACAGUUACGGAUGCUUCCUUUAAACCUUGCUGUCGUGUCACCAGCACAGACAGUAAACUGGGACUUUGUCAGCGACAUUGUUAAUUCUUGUAACUAUGUUUAUCGCUCCCCAAAGCAAUGCCAACGUCAUUACAUAAAAGCAUUUGCAGGUCCAGAAGCAAAGUUACGAAAAUGGAAGCCAGUAGUUGGAGCUUAUUCUCAGUGA